AUGGUCUUUGACGAACUCAACAAGCCUCAAGCAAAACCGAGCAAAGUCUUCUCAGAACUUCCUAGAACCCCCUUCAAAACGCCUACCAAGAAAACUGAUAUGGCUCCUCCUCCUACCCCCUCUCCCAGGAGAUCUGCCACCCCGUCUUCCAUCAGAAGCGCUACACCCUCGACAUCUUGGCCUGACGUCAAGCCCACCAUGGCCCAGCUUCACUCAGCUUCUACAAUUAUCAAACCCCAAAAACGAGCUGCAACUCAACCUCCCCCCACCCCUCCUCCCACUGAUAAAAAGCCCAACCUGUCUGCCCUUCGCUUUGGCAGCGUGGCUCCUUUUACUCCUCCUCGAUCGAGGACUCCAUCGACGCCUCGCUCCACACCUUCGCCGUCUCCGAUCCGUAGAAUGGGAAGUAUGGGUCCUCCCACGCGAGGGAGAAUGCGAUCUGUGACACCUUCCUCCCCUUCUCCAAGGAGAAGCAUGUCGAGGGCCUCAAGUCUCAUGAGGACUCUCACUACCAGGGCUUCCAAGACGCCUACACCCGGUCCGGUCAGCAGAGCGAGCUCGGUAGUCAGUAUAGGGGGAUCAUCACAUAACCCGAUCAGUUUGGACGACACAGACAUCCCCUCCCCCCCUUCGUCUCCUUCUCCACUCGCGAGGACUCGAGAAUCGUCAUUCUCCAUAGCUGGUGAUCGAGAAUCGUCCGUCGUAUCGGAAUGUGGUACAAUUAUAAGCAAUUCCGAUGGACGUCACAUACGCGACUCGACAUUUUCUCAUUACGAUGGUACUCCUCAGCCGUUUGAGGAAUACAGGACCACUGAUCCCCGAGUGGCUCAAAAGCAUCGGAGGGAUCCGGACGAUUAUAACCCUCGAGCCACUUCUAGAUCUUCUUCGGUAUCAGCUCUUCCACUCCUCCCACCUCCACCGCCCAUUCCUGAGAGGAUCAGAGAGGUUGUUUUGGUUGUCAAGAACUUCCUCAACGAUUUGGAGCUCGCAGCGUCUUCUGCUGACUCAUCUCUCGUUGACACGAGUGACGAGGAGGUGAAAGUGGAGGUUAUUCACGAGGCUUUGUUUGGGUUAGAAAGAGUGGCCGGUGUGACCAAGGCAUUAGCUGACGGCGACACCGCGGUAUCUCCUUCGUCGAUCCCGACUUUCCUUUUCGCCAUGAUGAACGCUGUCGAUGGUUUCUUAAACGCCCCAUACUUGGAAGACGUUGGGAAGAAAAAGGACAAGGGUCGCGCCAGACAAGCUGAGUGGUGGGCCGCAAGGAAAGAUGAUGUUGCGACUCAUUUCCGACUCAUUAAGCGGCAAAUGGACGACAAGACGGCUCGACGGGUAGUCCGGGCUCUGUUGAGCGUUUGGGUCGCGGACACAACUGGUAUCGUCGAUAUCGUUAAGCUCAAGGUCCCCGCCUGUGAUAAAGAUAUGGCAGCUGAGCUGAUCGAGGAUAUAAAGAGUGUUGUCGAUGUCGUGCUUGAUCUCGGUUGGCCGCGUGUAUAA